AUGGCGCGUAAGCAGCAUUUGGUGCGCAGUCAUGCACACGAAGAAGAUAUUCCAGGGACCGUUAACGUUCAAGCUGUCGAGGGGGAUGACGCCUAUUAUGGCCAGGCGCUUUUCCCCGUUCCGGCGGAGGACCCGAACGACCCCCUACAAUGGUCGAAGGCUAAGAAGAUCACGAUUCUGGUGAUUAUGUGUGGAUAUUCCUUCCUGGGGAAUUCAGCGCUCUUAGGCCCAGGCCCCUAUUUGACGUUCUGGUCGGAGUUGUUCAAUGUUUCUCCAGCAGAUGCGUCAACACUCAUAUCGUACCCAAAUCUCGCCUAUGGAUUCAGUUCCCUUCUGUUGGUUCCUCUCUAUUUGAAAUUUGGGAGACGACCCGUCAUGCUAGGGUCCAUGUUAGCAUUUAUUGCUGGCCUUGCUGGAUCCUCAAGAGCUAACAACUUCGCCGAAUUGAUGGCAUGGCGAGUCAUCUCUUCCUUUGGUGCUGGAAUAUGCGAGGCCCUCCCCGUGCAGCUGGUCAAUGACAUAUUCUUCUUACAUGAGCGCGGGAAACACAUCGGCUAUUAUACAUUUGGCAUGUGUUUUGCGGCGGUAGCGACGAUUCCAGCCGCGUACAUGUUACCAACGAAAUAUUCAUGGAGGCUUUUCUUCUACGUCGCACUCGCCUUCUCGAUAGCCCUAUUCAUUCUUGCUUUUCUGUUCGUUGAAGAGACUUCCUACGAUCGAGAAGCACAUCGAAAUCAAGAUAUUUCUCCUGGACGUUCAGAUGAGGUAAAAUCUAGUGGCUCUGAAAAGCCCGACGAUGUUACCGUAGAGCAAAUACCGAGUACACCAGAGCGCAAAUCAUUUCUAGAAACACUUCAACCAUGGGGAUACGUUGAUCCUGAGAUAAAUAUCUUUACACUGAUGUGGCGGUCCUUUACAUAUUUCUUGGUGCCGCAAGUCUUGUGGGUGGUCACCUCCUUUGGAACUAUCAUAGGACUAGGCGCGCUGGCAUUCAACUUUGUCUUCCCGAUUAAGAUCACGGGACCCCCAUAUAAUUGGCCUGAGUCUAGUUCCGGUGUACAGUCACUCGGGUCUCUCUUGGGAUUCCUUCUAGCACUACCCUUCACUUCUUCUUCAGACCGACUUGCAGCUUAUCUAACGAGACGCAAUAACGGCAUCCGGGAAGCAGAAAUGAGAUUAGGUGUUAUGUUGCCAGCCAUGAUCCUAGGUCCAUCUGGGUUAGUGGUCUAUGGUCUUACAGCUCAGUUCAACUUGCACUGGAUAGGAUAUUUCUUCGGAUCUGGUUUAGCAUCUUUCGGCGGCUAUUUCUACUACUGCUUCACGCUGGCAUACGCAGUCGAUUCAUAUAAUAGCAACACAUCCGAGAUGCUUAUCGCUAUAAACGUCGGAAAACAAGCUGUGAGUUUCGGACUUGGCUUUGGCGUCCUUGACUGGGUACUAGAAAAGGGGUAUGGAGUUAUUAUUGCAGGAGUUUUCGGAUCGGUAUUCCUAGCGAACAACCUGGCGCUCAUCCUGUUCAUGUUUAGAGGUAAGAAAAUCCGGCGAUUCAUGUCGACAUCCUGGUUAGCUAAGCUUCAUGGGAGGGGAAAUGGCAACGUAUCACAGACGUUGUGAAAUUAACUACUUAGGUACCU